CUGCCCGUCUACUGUGUUUGUGAGUUCUGUGACAUCAACAAGACACACGCAGAUAUGGUGUGUUCUCUCGAGGGAUUGACAUUAACUAAAUAAUCAUCAAGACUCCCGGGAGAUAAAAACAGCAGAGAGAAAGAGAGGUCGUGCUGCUGAUCGGAGAUCUAGUGAAUAUUUGCAGCAGUUUUCCAGCAGGUGGAUUUAUAGCACACUAUUAGCAGGGUUCAUGAAACUUUGCUCCGAUUUACGAGCUGGGACUGCCAUACACAAUGUUAAGGUAAAGCCUAAAGCUGCGUUUUUGAACAUGCUAAAGCGGCUGGACAAAAUACGAUUCCGUGGUCCAAAACGAGAUGAUUUCAUGGAUCUACCCGAAUCCCCCACAGGCUCGGAUACUGAAUGUAGUGAUGACAUGCUGGUGAGACCUCGACCUUCAAUACGAGACAAUGAUGAGCAAAGGGACCCUGCUGGUUCAGGGACUCUUAACCUUGCUGUCAUGCAAGAUCUGAGGAGCGAAUCAGAACGUCUCAACGAGGUGAAAGGUCAUUUGGAAAUUGCCUUACUGGAGAAGCACUUCCUGCAGGAAGAGUUACGGAAACUGCGAGAAGAAACCAAUGUGGAGACCCUUAAGCAAGAGCUGGAGAGAGAACGCAGCAGAAGAAUUGAUCUGGAGCAGAAAAUGAGUGAAGUGCUGAAGACCAGGUGCGAAGAUUCUCCACCUCAACCUCCACACAAGCAGCAACCACCUGCAGCUAAUGGCACAGAAAAACAGCAGAAGGAGACGGUGUGUUCACGGCUUCAGAGCUGGCUGUAUGACCGAUUUGGGGAAUAUAUUGAAGACUUCAGAUUCCAGCCCGAAGAGAACACAGUCGAGGCAGAGGAGCCGCUAAGUGCUAAAAGAUUAACAGAAAAUAUGCGACGACUUAAACGUGGUGCCAGACCGGUGACAAAUUUCUUACGGAAUCUUUCCGCCUUAUCCAACUGGCACUCAGUGUAUACUUCAGGGAUUGCCUUCAUUAUCUAUAUGAAUGCAGCAUGGCAUGGCUGGGCAUUUCCUUUAUUUCUAUUUUUAGCCAUUCUGAGGUUGUCGUUGAACUACCUCAUAGCCAGAGGAUGGAGAAUUCAGUGGAGUAUUGUGCCUGAAGUUUCUGAACCUGUGGAACCUCCAAAGGAAGACUUGACUGUGUCUGAGAAGUUUCAGUUAGUUCUCGAUGUUGCACAAAAAGCACAGAAUCUAUUCGGUAAGAUGUCAGAUGUUUUGGAGAAAAUCAAAAAUCUGUUCAUGUGGGUUCAGCCUGAAAUCACUCAGAAGUUGUACAUCACUCUGUGGGUGGGCUUCAUCUCCUCCUGUGUCCUUCCCUACAAGCUUAUGGGCUUUAUGAUCGGGCUUUAUGCAGGCAUCAAGUUCUUUAUUAUAGACUUCCUGUUUAAGAGUUGCCCGAAACUAAGAGACAAAUACGACACGCCGCACAUCAUGUGGAACAGUCUGCCCACUGACCCGCAGCUGAAAGAACGUGGGAUUGCCUCUGUGUCACGACGGAUUCAGCCGGUGGUGUCACGGAGCAGUUUAGCCACCAUUCCGGCCGGAGUGACCCGUGAAGAGGAGAGCGCCCGUUCACACAACACAAAGAAAGGAGCGUUCCAUGAGAUCUUCAGCCUGCCAGAGAACGAGAGACCUCUGCCUGUAUGUGAGAAUGGAUGGAGAUGUUGUCUGAUAAACAGAGAUAGGAAGAUGCCCACCGACUACAUUCGCAACGGGAUGCUCUACGUCACGGAGAACUACCUUUGUUUUGAGAGCUCCAGCUCAAGAUCAGGCUCUUCAAAGAAGAACAAAGUCAUCAAACUGGUGGACAUCACAGAUAUACAGAAGUACAAGGUUUUAUCAGUUCUGCCUGGGUCUGGAAUGGGCAUCUCUAUCGCUACUCCAUUAACACAGAAGCCGCUGGUGUUUGGUGCCAUGAUUCACAGAGACGAGGCCUUUGAGACGAUCUUCACCCAGUACAUAAAGAUCAUGACCACAGCCAACCCUGAGACGUAAUUCACACUUCCACCUUCUAAAGGAUGUCUCAUUUGGAGAAGGGUGGGACAAGUGUUUCCUGUCUCAUUCACUUUAAUCGACUGUGAUUGGAAAAUUGUCAUCUUUUGAUGUGAUGGGCAACAGUUCCAGUACAUUCCAGUGAGAGUGCUACAUCUCAACAGGGACAUUUACAACUUGUAGGGAUGUGGGCGGCAUCUCUGUGUCAUCUGACUGUGACCGUUUACAAGAUGAGCACACUAAACAGUGUACAGACUUUGUGUUUUGUACUUGUCUCUCGCAGUGAUUUUGAUUCCAUGCCACUGUUUAGUUUUAUCCUGUGAGAUGUUACAGUGGUGAUAUACGAAUCUUAAAGGAAUAGCUCACCCCAAAAUAAAAACAAUAAUUUACUAACCCUCAUGUCUUUCCAAGCCAUGUGUCUUUCUGCCAAGCUCCGAAAAGAAUGAAAAAGCACCAUAAAAGUCACUUAAAAGUAAUACCAUACAUCUUGUGCACUAUAAGUCUUCUGAAAACAUACGAUAGAUUUGUGCGAGGAACUUUUACAUUUGCUGAAAGUAUUCCCCUCCGCUGUAGCUCUCAAAUCUCAUUUGUAUUUGUGAAUAUUCAAAUAUGGUGCGUGAAAACCCAUCCCUCCAGGUUUGACAAAAAUAAUGGCAACAGCAUGAGGGUUAGUAAAUAAUGGUCAAAUUUAAAUUUUUGGGUCAACUAUUUUUUAAUGCAAUUUACUAAUAAACAAAGAAAAGCCUUUUUUAUUUUACAUUUGUUUACAUUUUUUUGUGUUUGUGCACAAAACGUAAACUCAUUUAAUUUCACCUCUCAUAUCGCAAGCCCUUUUGACAUUUAAUCAUUUGCAAUGCAUGAAUUCCAGAUAUCUAUAAUUAGAUAUCCUCUUCCAUAAAGACCUUCUCUCACAGAAUCAACAUCAUAUUGUGCAUUUUCCAGUCGAACAUACGGCUCAAUGCUGAUUAAAAUCCACACACCUUAACCAAUGUUACUGUCAUUUACAACAUUUAUUUUGUUUAACAUUUUCUUAUAUUUUCUGUAUGGGUUAAAAUUAAGUGAUUGUCAACGUUUUGGUUGGCAACUUCAUCUGCAAGAGUUAAAAGAAAAUCUCUUAUUGAACCAAGCUUAUCCAUAGUUGCGGUGUGAAAACGCCUAAACUCACUAACUAAAAAGUCCAAAGUCUACUUUCGUUGAGUGAUGCGCCGAUAACCGUAGCCCUGAAAAUGAAAAGGUACAAAGCUUAUGCUUAAAUGAAAAAUCAACCUAAAAAUAAUGCUAAAAUGAAAAUGGAUGCAAACUAAUGCUGAAAUGAAAUACAAGGAACAAUUAUUGAUUUAUUUAGUGAUUUUAUAGUGUCUUUUAACAAUUUUAUAAGGUAUUUAAUGAUUUAUUUAAACAUACAUAUUUAUUUAAUGAUUUCAUUUUGAGUAAUUCGGCCAUCCAUACUACACAUGAUUAAAUAUCGGAAAGGCUUGCUAUACCUCUCAGCAAAGUGUGCUUCAGGUGUUUUUUAGCAGAAAAUCUUCCCUUACUUUGUACUUUUAGUAUGUGUAAGUUUCCAAUGGUUUAAAAUGCCUUUAGUUUAAAUUGUUUCUAAUUUGUGGCAGCCAACAGAAUCAAUGCUAUCCGACUGAUUGGUAAUUGAUUUGCUCAAGUUUGAAAACCCUAGUUUGAUCUGGACAAUGUCAAACACAGUUAAGAGAAGUUAAAUGUCCCUUAGCUGCUUCUUCCAGAGGAUUUCACAUGUAACGCUUGUUAUUCAUUAAUGCCUUUGCUGUAAAACUUAAUUCAACUUUAUGUAGUAACAGUUUAAAAAUUGCAAAGUCAUUAGAACAUUUUAUGCUCACAGUGUCAAUACUGCUCACACAAAGACUAUUUACAGUCUUGACAAUCUUUUCACUCUUUACAACAAUUGUUUGGGUGAGUUUCACAAAGAAAUGUCUGCAUAUCAAUAGCCCAUUUGACAUUUAAUCGUGCAGGAUAUGUAAUGCUAAUUUUUGAUAUCUAAAAUACGGUUUUCACUAGUAAGAAAGCCUUUUAAGAUAUCUUUAAUUACUUUUCAAUUAAAUGAUAUGUGAAAUACCAAAUCUAACAAAUUGUAAUACUUUUACAGGUAUCACAUUUUUUAUUUAUUUAUUAGUUGUUAUCCAAUUGUUUAAAUCAGGAAUGGAUAUUUGUUCUAGUAGCAAUGUAAUUAUUGAUAUAAAAAAAUGAGAAUUUGUACUAAUAAGAAGUACAUUGCUAAUGUGUGAAAUUGUUAACUAGUAACAUAAACUAGUAAGAAAUUAAUUAUAGAUAUCUGUAAUUGCAUUUUGAACAGCAGUGAAUGACAUUUUGAAAUUCUACUAGUGAAAAUGCAGUUACAGGUAUCAAUCAAUUUAUUUUUUACUAGUUGAAAUUCCAUUUUUCCUGUCAUAUUUUAUAUCAUUAAGUUUUACUUAGUAAUUUACAAAUGUAAUUACUGAAAAAAUAAGCACUUUUACUUGUAGUAAUUUCAUUGCUGAUAUCAUGAAUUAGCAUUUUAACUAGAGAAAUCUAAAUUGUUGAAUGCCAAAAGGGCUUGUGAUAGUCUGUCAUAUUUCACCCUAAAAUAAAUAUAAAACUUAAUUAUAUAUAUAUUUUAAAUAUAUUUAGCAUAAAAGAAAUGAAGCCUAUUUUCAUGCUAAUUAAGCAUAGUUAAAUUAAGCAUAAAUUAAAUUACCAUAAUGCAAACAAAAUGUACUUUACAAUUUGAAUAAUAUAUUUCAAUAGUUAUUUUUUCCAUUACAUGUAGUCAUGAGAAUAAGAUGUUUUCUCAUAACGAUUCUUCUUUUUUUUCAUAGCUGAUGCGCUUAAAUGUUAUACAUCUUAUACAUGUUAUAUAUCUCUUGGUUUUGAGGUGUAAUAUGACCUGUACUGUACAUUUCUUGACAGGUUUAUGAGAUUUACCCCUUCACACUUAUGUGAACAGUCACAAUGAGCAUAAAACCUUUAACUGCUUUGGUGUUGAAUAAACACUUGCUAAAAGCUUGACUUUUUUCGUAAAUGGUUUCAGAUAAGCAAAUUUAAAAACCUUCUUAAACAUCCUUGCCACAAAGGAGCAGAACAUCUGCUAUAUGGCUGUAAAGGUAAAUGCAAUACAAUACCAUAUAUGAAGGAAAUAUUUUACAAUAUUUGAACUUGUCCAUAUUUUUGUUCUUCUACCCUAAACUGAAGAACUGCAUUCGUUUUUCACAACGAUUGUGGCACUUUCUAUGAAUAGGGUGCACUUUGGUGUCCUGUUACCAGAUUAGCGUAGUAUGAAAAGCGUAGCCUGGUUUUGACCUUGACUGUAUACAACAACUUUCGAACAAUCAUUUAGACCCUUUCUACAGCUUGGCAGGAAGACAAGUACAUACUUUUGUUAGGGCUGUUUACACAAACUGUGUCUUCAGGUUACAGUUCUUACAUUGGGUACUUGAGCCGCAGUGAGAGGAGAGAUGAGGCACAUCGCUGAUUUUAACCACGCUGAACUCUGUGGAAAACAUGUUGAAAAUGCACUUUUUAACUUUUAAAUCAACACAGUCUUUUACAAUAAAGGUUUUAUGACAACAUAGAAUGCUGUACUGAACUACUCACCCAUUGACUGAAAAAAAUAAGUCUUGCUGCAAGUUAACCUCGCAGUAACAGGCACGCAAGUAUGUAUAACAGGCGAUACUCUUUGGAUACUUUGUUGGUUUGUGUUAUUUCUGUUAGGGAACUGGAAAAUAAUCACAGUCCUCUAAGUACAUGUUUGUUUACUCAUGGCGGCUGUCCACUCUUCACAUUUCUCAUUGAUUUGUGCAUCAUAUGUGCUUGACCAAUCACAGGCUGCAGCACCUCCCAGUCCCUCUUCUCCCAAAAAGUACCUACCCCGAAGUAGGAGCUAAUAACUGUCUUUCUAAAUGGCUAAGAGGAUUUAUAGUUCCUCGUGCAAAAACGCCAAGGAGUAGUAGUACCAACACACUCUCAUGGUGAAAUCGCCAGGAUUCCUACGACUUUUCUAAAUUUGGCUAAUUCGUAUGAUAUCAUGCCGCUGCACUCGUUUGAAAUCCUAUGACAUUCACUACAGCCAAUGAUGUCGCUGGACAUCGUUUCCAUCUAAUACAUGACAAUUACUUGCUUCUAUCACACACAACAGCUUCCUAUCAUGUUUACACACUCUACUGAUCGGUUAAGUUUAGAUAAGGGGUUUGGGUAAGGGCAUAAUAUUAAUAAGUAUGUCCUUAACGACUCGUGUGCGGAACUCGUGCUUCUGCAUUAGACAUCCGGGAAUUUGCACGUGAUAAAGUCGUACAAGUUUAUGCGAACAACAUCGUGCGAGACCAUACGAAAUAGCCAACUCGUAAAUUAUGUAGAUAUUUGUGUUAUAUGAAAAUUUAUAAAAAAUAAAGCUCAUAUAAUCCUUGACAAUGAAUUUUCUGAAAUGUAACUUCCUCAUUUCACAGACCAUUGUCUAAAAAAGAAAAGAGAAAAAGACUUUGUUUAAUAGUUCAUAACCCUUUUUCAUGGAUAUUCUAUUCAUAGAAAGUGCCUGUUAUAACCUUAGUGUUGAUUUAAAUUGGUUUUAUGGCCACAUUUGUAUCUAAGACAUUUCCAAAGAUCAUCAUCUUCUAAGAAAAUACUGUUCAUGGUUGUCUUCCCAUCUGUCUAUUAGUUUGUUCUCAGUUUAUUUAGGGACUGUUGAAUGAUUUUAACUUCCAAACAUCAGAGUAUUUUACCAAAGGUCCUGAUUAGCUUUGGAUUGGAUUUGGAGCUUUGGAUAGCCUUGGAUUGCACUAAGGAAGCACAGAAUGUGUCUGGUGCCAAAUAUUGUUUGUUUAACUUCUCUGUUUAAAACUGUGAUGUUGGAUCUCUGCCAACCAGCCCGGCCCAGGAGUGUUAAAACUGGAAAAAUAUUAUUUCAAAUUCAAGAUACUUAAAAAAACAAAAAAAUUUAAUUCUUUUUUUUUUUUUUUUUUUUUUAAAUCUGGGUAACCUAAAGAAUUCCAGUAACCGUAUUUUCUCAUGAAUCGUUAAUGUAUUGGGCAUAAAUGCUAUUGGAAAAUAUAUUAAAUCUAUGAGUAUAAUAGUACAGUACAUGGCUGAAUCUUACAAAAUGUUAGCAUUUCACCCUAAAAAUUCAUUAAAUUUUCAUUACAGUAAUGUGAAAAAAAUUUCCAUUGAUCCUCAUUACUGUAAUGCAAAAUGUGAAAUUGUGAAGUUCUUCUAUAAAAAAAAAAAAAAAAAUAGUGUAUUACAGUAAUGAGAAUCUAUUGAGAAUCACCUCUGAGAAUAUUGAGAAUUACUAAAAAAAACAAACAAAAAAAAAAGAGUAAAAAAUUAUGGAAAUGAGAAUGAGAUUUUUUUUCAUGACUCUUAUGACAAUUUUGGGGGGAAAUUUGUUUAACAAUGUCACAGUGUAAACAUCUUAGUCCUAAUUAAAGGAGUUUUUGAAUAUAUUUGCAUAAGAAAAUGUUGAUUAUGAACAUUUUCAUGAUAAUUAAGCACAUUUCUUAAUUCUUAUCACUGUAAUGUGAAAACAUUUAAAAUCUAAAGUUCUUAUACAAAAUAAAUAAAUAAAACCAUAUUGUAUUACAGUAAUGGUAAUCUAAUGAGAAUUACCAUUUAGAAUAGUAAAAAAGAAGAAAACAUUCAGAUGCAUUAUGGUAAUUAUUAUUAUUAUUAUUAUUUGUCUUUACUGUUAUGAGAAUUUUGGGGAAAAUGUGUUUAAUUGUCAUGAAAAUAAUGUCAUGAUAUAAAAAAUCUUAAAAAAUUAGGCUUACAUUUUUUUUCCAACUUCAUUAUUGUAAUAAAAUCUCAUUCUUAUUAAUGUAAUGCAAAAAAAAAAAAAAAAAAAAAAGAACAAUUAUACAAAUUAUUUAUUAUACAUAUUAUAAUCACCUUUGAGAAGAGAGAGAAUAAAAAAAAUAAAUUUAAAAAAACAACAACUUCAGAUGCAUUACAGUAAGGAGAAUGAGAUUUAUUUGCAUUGCCGUAAUGGGAAAUUGUUGUCAAGAAAAUAAUGUCACAGCUCCACAGUCUUAAUGGUCUUAAAACUAGGCUUAAUUCUGUAUGCAAUACAGAAUUUCUUUUUAUUUUGGAGUGAAAUACGACCUUGACAUUUCUUCAUUUCUUUCAAACUGUGUGUCGGGCUGUUAAAAUGAGCAUAAACUGUCAAGCUGGAUUUUUCAUGUGGCACUAGAUGAUAAUUGAAGUAUUUGUUAACUAAUGGUGUAAAUGUUUGCUUACUAUUUUUUAUAUAUUUUCAUGCAGUGAGUAGAUCGCUGCAAUAUCAUUGACAGAGCUCAUCUAACAGAUGUAAAAUAUUGAUAAUAUUUGUUUUCCAUUUCUCUGAUGGUCUGAAGACAAAUGACUAAAAAAAUGAUUUAUAUACAAAAUGAAGUGUAAUAUAAGAAAAGCUCUGUUCUGAUUAAAAGGAACAAUGUAUAUUGUUCAAGCAUAAUGUGUUGUACACUUUUUUUAAGUAAUGAAUUGUAUACAUUUCUGUCUGUUUUUCUAAUGUCUUGGGGAAGAUACCUCUCAUUUUACUUGUCAUAUAUGUAAAAUUAUGUUUUAGGCCUGUAAUUCAGUGAUGAAUCAGUAAAAUGAUAUUUAAUAAGGUUUGAUUGCAUAUUUGAGUUUAUUUGGUUAGUUUGAUUAUACCUUUAGCGGGUGCAUUUCUUCCAAACUCACUGGCACAACCAUGGGCGGACUGGGAAGAGAAAUCGGCCCCGUAUUUUACAUAGAAACCGGCCCAAACGUUUGGCAUAACGCGGCAGCCCGUUUCAGCUUAUCGCUGUCUGUUCGGCCCCCAUUCGGCCCCGUUUCAUGGGCGGCCCACUGGGAAAAGUCCCGGUUCUCCACCACUGGGCACAACCAUAAGAUUUUAUAUUUUGCUCAAGAAAACAAUGGUGUUAAAGCAUGAAAUAUAAAGCAUUUCACUUACAGUAGCAUUUACAGUUACUGUACCUGCCAUUAGAGGACAUUGAAGUCAAGGGUUUGAAGACAGCAGCUGUAGCCUACAUCACACAAUCCUUCUAUAUG